AUGCCUUCAACAGCCGAUCUACAGGAUCCCGCGGAGUAUCAGAAGAUAUUCCACUGGGCUGAGACUCAGAAAGAUGCCACUAUCCCUUCUUUCAACACACGGAAAAAUGAUCCCUAUAAGUACCAAGAAGGAUUCGGAAACCACUUCUCCUCAGAGGCCAUUCCAGGAACCAUUCCACACGGUCAAAACUCUCCACGCAAUGUCCGCUUCGGUCUUUAUGCAGAACAAAUAACCGCCACUGCAUUCAUCGCACCACGACAUGCAAACAAGAAGGCCUGGCUUUAUCGCGUGCGCCCUGCUGUGGCCCAUCAGGGAUUUACUGAACUUCCAGACAACAAAGACACCGAGUGCUGCUUCCUUCCCUUAAACCCCAAGAUCCAUGUUUCGCCCACCCAACUUGCCUGGCUGCCCACAGAUAUCCCCGAGGAAGAGACCGACUUCGUGACCGGUCUCCGAACCUUUGCUGGUUCUGGUGAUCCCACCCUUCGAGAGGGCCUAGCCACCCAUGUAUACGUCGCCAACAAGAGCAUGACCAAGAAGGCCUUUGUCAACUCCGACGGCGAGUUCCUCAUUGUUCCCGAGAAGGGCGCCCUCAACAUCCAGACUGAAUUCGGUCCUUUGUUUGUGCAGCCCGGAGAAUUAGUCGUCAUCCAGCGAGGAAUCAGAUUCCGUGUUGAGUUGCCUGAUGGACCUUCUCGAGGAUACAUUCUCGAAAUCUGGGGUAGUACCUUUGAGCUCCCAGAGUUGGGUCCCUUGGGUGCCAAUGGCCUUGCCAACUCUCGCGACUUCCUUACUCCUACCGCUCAGUACGAGGUUGUUCAAGAGCCAUGGGAGAUUGUGUACAAGCUUGGAGGAAAAUAUUUCAAGAGCACACAGAAUCACUCGCCGUUUGAUGUUGUUGCAUGGCACGGAAAUUACGUGCCCUACAAGUAUGACAUGACCAAGUUCGUUAAUGUUGGUUCCAUCUCCGUUGAUCAUAUUGAUCCCUCCAUCUUCUGCGUCUUGACCGCCAAGUCCCGUGACCUCACAAGCCCUCUGGCUGAUUUCUUGAUCUUCUCUCCUCGAUGGGAUGUGGCUUCUCACACUUAUCGCCCACCAUACUACCACCGUAACGCCGCCUCUGAACUCAUGGGUCUUGUCUAUGGAGACUACGGUGGUCGAUCCGACGAAUUCAUGCCAGGCAGUAUCUCUUUCGAGUGCGGCAUGGUCCCCCACGGCGUCGCCUACGAACAAUUCAAAGAAGCCACCGAAUCCACACCACCAGUAAUGCAAAUCUCCCCCGCCUCAAUUGCAUUCAUGUUUGAAUCUUCCCGCCCCUUCACAAUCACAGAUUAUGCAUGGAACUCCAGCAAGAAGCACGAGCAUGAGCCUAAGAUGUGGGAUAAUUUGGUUGACAACUUCUCAAGUCAUUUGAAGGAGGUUGACGAGAUUUUGGGCAAGGGAGUCGAGAAGUUGAAGGUUAAUGGUACUUCGUGA